AUGAGGAUUGGGUGUCUGCAGUUUGCGCCCCAGGUGGGAGACGUCGAUAACAACCUGAACCGCGCCGAUGCCGUCUUGUCGCGCGCGAACCCCGAAGGCUUGGAUCUUCUUGUCCUCCCCGAGCUGGCUUUCUCUGGGUACAACUUCAAGUCAUUACAAGACAUCACACCGUUUCUCGAACCCUCCGGCUCCGGCAUCACCUCUCUCUGGGCUAGGACCAUCGCGCUCAAGUACAACUGCACCGUCACCGUUGGGUACCCGGAAAAGGUCGACGUCUCGCCUAAGUGGCCCACCGGCCCCGAGUACUACAACUCGCUGAUCGUCGUCAACGGAGAGGGAGAGACCAUUGCCAACUACCGAAAGUCGUUUCUGUAUUACACCGAUGAGACGUGGGCGCUAGAAGGGAAGGGGUUCUACGAUGGCUUCAUUCCUGGGCUCGGACGCACUAGCAUCGGUAUCUGCAUGGAUAUCAACCCGUAUAAAUUCGAGGCACCAUGGCAUGCAUUUGAAUUCGCCUUCCAUGUCCUGGAAGUGGAGUCCAACCUGGUCAUCAUCUCCAUGGCUUGGAUGACCCGAGAAGAACCUCGCCUGUUUACUCGCAUGCCAAACGAACCCGACAUGGAAACUUUGACCUACUGGGUAACUCGACUGGAACCUCUUAUUCGCUCUGACAACGAUGACGAGAUUAUUGUUGUCUUUUGCAACCGUUCCGGCAACGAGGACGAGGCUAUGUAUGCCGGCACUAGUGCGGUUAUCGGCAUUCACGAGGGCGAGGUCAAGGUUUACGGUCUCCUGGGCCGAGGAGAAAAAGAGCUGUUGGUUGUGGACACGAGUAACUCACCGUACGCGAAACUCGUCUAUCGUCCAGAUGCUGGUGGUUCGGGUAUGGAGGCACCUGGAAAGUUGAAGCGAACCGACAACGCCAACCGCGACAACAACUCCAAAUCCAACGACAACAACCAGCCUUCGUCUUCCGGCAGUAAAGAACCAAGCGGAGAGGGGGAGGACGCGGGAAACAGCGCGACUAGCCCGCAGGACUCGAUUAAGACGCUCCAGCGCCGAGCAUCCUCAUCGACACGGUGCACGCUCCCUAAGGAGGAAGAGAAGAUGCCACCGAAGAAGCGCCAUAUCCCUUCGUCCAUCACGAUUCCUUCUGCUGUCCCCGACCUGGUCAACACCACCUCUGCUCGCUCCCCAUCAUCGGCCUCUAUCAAUAUUCCUACGCCGUCUGCGCCAAGUCCAACUCCCAUGGCCGUUCGCCCUCGACUUAUCAUUCCCGAAUCACCUCCGAUUCUUCCUCACCAAUACCCGCCGGAUCAUCCUAUGAGCGCCGCCUCACUCAAGUCUGAGAAGUCUGAGAGAUCUGUUAGGUCUAUUCGACCUCGGCUUAUCAUUCCUGAAUCGCCCCCUAUUCUCCCCUACCAGUAUCCGGCGGAUGUUCCCAUCAGCGCUGCUUCACUAAGAUCAGAAAGAUCAGUUCGAUCUUUGAACUCUAACUUCUCGGAUGCAUCUGGAACUACUGUGCGAAGCAACCCACGACCGCCAGAGGAGAGCACGCCUUAUCCCGAUAGCGCAAACCCCCUGAGCGGUUACCCGUCAAAUGCGUUCCAGUCGGAGAGGAGGAUAUAUGACGGCCAUAUGACGGUAACCGGGCCAGAUGAUGGGGUUACGCCUUCUUUCAACUUUGAUGACAUGUCUCCUACAUCGCCCCGUCGAUUCUGGAGGCCAUCAGAUACUCCUCUCCGAUCACCACUUUCAGCCGCAUGGACGCCUGGUACCGCGAUUGGCAGGAAACCAGAACCUUUCCCCUGGCCAGAGAUUAUCAAAAACGAUACCCCCACUCUGGCUGCCAAGACGGCCAAAGAAACCAACAACAAGGCUCUUAGUCCCAACGAGCUGAAAACUGCUACCCCACACUAUGCGCACUCCAACGCCUCCUCGAACCGAACCAACAGGACGGCCAUCUCGGAAUUUUCCGAGUUGUCUAAGGGUGUGAAGAAGUCGAGUUCCAAGCCGGACGACAGCUUUGAUAGGCCGUCAUCCCCUAAAUCACGAAAUGCCAGCAGAUCGGGGAUGAGGGAUAGAGCUGAACCGACUCUUGAAGUUGGCGAGAUUAGCACAACUAUUACGCAGCACCUGGAGGGCAUCUCUCGACGCGCAGAAUCGAUGAGCAGACUUCGAUCACGGUCUGCUAACCGCACUCCUAUGAAUGAUCGGUCUCACGCUUCAAAGUCGAGAAACGGCAGUAGGAGUCGUCCUGAUUCUGCUAAGAACAACCGAAAAGAGCAUCAGAUGAUUCCCGUUGCCGUAAGUCCGAGCAUUCUCUGGGAUGAGGCUCAGCACCCACCUCAGUCUUCCUCGCGACCAGGUUACCACUCGCGGAGCCAGUCUUUUAACAACAUCAACGCUGUCCUUCACUCUGCCAAUGGCGACCGAUCCCGAACACCAGUCGCCACCCACUCGUCUCAGCAAACCAAACGCAGGACAAGUCGAGGCCGAGCUUCGGAGCCCAAGGUCGCUCCAACUAACGCCAUGUAUGGCCCAGUCGCUGUACCUGCCGAACGUGCCUCGUCAAGUGAUUCGACUCGCAACCAAGUGUUGCAUAGCAGAACUCGCACGAAAGAUCGAAACUCUCGAACCAGAAAGAGCUCGUCUGGUCGACAUGGACGAACGCCGUCCCAAACCGCCAUGUCCCCUGAGAUGGCCGCCGAGUUCGAGCGAGUUGAAGCUAUCCUUUCCCCAAGUUGCCCUGUUCAUGGGCGCUCAUCUUCAAGUGCUGCCCGGCAUAGUGACUACGGCGCUCCCGCGAAUAAUCUCCAGCUACCUACAAAGCUCUCUCCAACAUCGCCUUCAGGCAAGUCAGACUCUGCUGCCUUUGCCGCCCGAGUCGAGCGUUUGCAACUCGCCGACUUGGGAGAGAACAUCGAGAGCUAUUAUCUGAUGGGAACCGGCAUCAUCACUGGGGGAAAGCCUGCCGCCGAGAAGACUCUUCAGGUAUCUACGAAGACUGAUACACCAGCGGCUAGCGAUGCAGGCUCCCUUGCUGGGACGCUGCAGACGCUUUCGACUCCAGGCCGAUCACCUGAGACGCCUGCUUCUUAUUUUAACCCUAGCACACCCAAGGCCAUGGUCCUAAAGACCGAUGACUCGGAUGUGGACUAUUUCCCCAACGGGCACUUGAACGGCGUUGCCCAAGCAGACCCUGUCAGAGUCUCAUGA